UGCAGAAGAAAUGUAAAAACACAGAGAGUAUUCAGAGACUGACUACAAUUUUCACUCUCAUGAAAGUGAAAGUAAAGUCAACAAAUCAGCCUUAAAAGGAGAGACUUAACGCACACCAGUGCUUUGGAAACCAUUAAAAGGUCAGAUAUCUGAAGUCAAAGCAAAGUUUUCUUUUCUUUUACUGAAGGAGAGAAUGGCUUCAAGUCUAGAGGAGGAUCUUACCUGUCCUGUUUGCACGGAUAUCUUCAAGGAUCCUGUUAUUCUGUCGUGUAGUCACAAUGUGUGUAAAGAAUGUCUGCAGAAGUGCUGGGAGAGCAAAGAAACCAAAGAAUGUCCAGUCUGCAGGAGGAGGUCAUCAAAGGAGGGGACACCCCCAAAUCUGGCAUUAAAGAACCUGUGUGAGACCUUCUUACUAGAGAGGAGUCAGACACACGUGUCUUGCAGUCUACACAAAAGAAAACUUGAGUUCUUCUGUCAAGAGGAUCAGCAGCUUGUGUGUCUUAUGUGUCAAGACGAAUUACACAAACAUCACAAGUUCAGUCCCAUUGACAAAGCAGCAGUUGAUGUGAAGGAAGAACUCACAGUCAAACUGCAGGACAAGCUGAAGCGUUUUAAGAAGGCUAAAGACACCUGUCAUGAAUCAGCUCAGUAUAUUAAGACUCAGGCUAAAUACACAGAGACACAGAUCAAGAAGCAGUUUUUGGAGCUUCACCAGUUUCUACAAGAUGAAGAGGCAGCCAGGAUAGCUGCACUGAGGGAGGAAGAGGAGCAGAAGAGUCAGAUGAUGAAGGAGAAGAUUGAGAAGAUGAGCAGAGAGAUCUCAUCUCUUUCAGACUCAAUCAGAGGCAUGGAAAAGGAGAUGGGAGCUGAUGACAUCACAUUCCUGCAGAACUACAAGAGCACAGUGGAAAGAGCCCAGUGCACACUGCAGGAUCCAGAGAGGGUUUCAGGAGCUCUGAUCAAUGUGGCAAAGCACCUGGGCAACCUGAAGUUCAGAGUCUGGGAGAAGAUGCAGGAGACUGUUCAGUACACUCCUGUGACUCUGGAUCCUAACACUGCACACCCACGACUCAUCCUGUCUGAGAAUCUGACCAGUAUGACACGCGGUGAUGAGAGGCAGCAGCUUCCUGAUAACCCAGAGAGAUUUGAUAAGUAUCUCAGUGUUCUGGGCUCUGAGGGCUUUAACUCAGGGACUCACUGCUGGGACGUGGAGGUUGGGGACAGUACCUGGUGGUGGGUGGGUUUGAUGACAGAGUCCCUCCAGAGGAAGGGACAAUAUGGCAAUGUGAGUGGAAAGUGGACUCUGUUUAAUAAUAAUGGUAAAUAUAUAACAUGGUCUCUACCACAGCCCUCCACUCUCCUCACAGUGGAGAAGAAACCCCAGAGGAUCAGAGUGCAGCUGGACUGGGACAGAGGAGAGCUGUCAUUCUCUGACCCUGAUAAUAACACUCACAUACACACUCUCACACACACUUUCACUGAGAGAGUGUUUCCAUACUUUAAUACUGGUGAAUUUCCUCUGAGUAUUGUAGCAGUGAAGGCCUCUAUGUCAGUAGAGCAGCCCAGUUAGAGCAGAAACUGUCUCUGUCUGAACAAGAGCCCACAUGCAGCAUCUGAAACCCCUAUGUUGGAAUGUUUUGACUUAGGAAAGAUAACCCCUGUGUCACUGAACUAGGGGUGACCCUCAGGAUGAGGGGUGGUAAACAUUUCUUAUCUCUGUAAGAAAAACAUGGUUAGGUGAUCACUGGUGGGUGACAACUUGUGAUUUCCGUGGGUGUGUGUUAAAGCAGCACCAAAGAACUUUUCCUCUGUCGCAUGCACGCUUUGUUUAUCCAACGGCUUUGUAAAUAACAAUGUCCAUACACAAGGUAGAAUUUGUUGCAUGAUUUUAUGAAAGUAGGCUAUGAUGUAUUGCG